AUCCAUUAUAUAAAAACCCCGAGUCUGACUCACCCAUCUCGCUUAAUUUCUUCCACUCCUAUCACAAGAUCCAUACAAUUGCCGGCGAUUUCCAUCUACGACAUGCGGCUCAUCGUUCGAUCCUUGGCUGUCCUUUCCAUUCUCCUCACUGUCGCCGCGCCGGCUCUCGCCUCCGAGUAUGAUCAUAGGUAUCAAGAUGAAGACAAAGUUGCCCUGUGGGUAAAUAAAGUAGGGCCAUAUAAUAAUCCACAGGAGACAUACAAUUACUUCAGUCUUCCAUUUUGCCAUCCAGAUGGCACUGUUUCCCACAAAUGGGGUGGGCUUGGUGAAGUUUUGGGCGGAAAUGAGCUUAUUGAUAGUCUUAUUGACAUAAAGUUUAAAAAAAAUGUGGAGAAGUCUACAAUUUGUGAACUGGAGCUUGAUGAUGCAAAGGUUAAACAGUUCAAGGAUGCAAUUGAAAACAGUUACUGGUUCGAAUUUUUCAUGGAUGAUCUGCCUUUGUGGGGUUUUGUUGGCGAGAUGCGUUCUGAGAGAAACAGCGACAGCAAGCAUGUGCUUUUCACACAUAAGAGCAUUAAUGUCCAAUACAAUAAAGAUCAGAUCAUACAUGUUAAUCUCACUCAAGAUAUUGCAAAACCAUUAGAAGUUGGGAAGACAUGGGAAAUGACCUAUUCGGUGAAAUGGACACCAACCAAUGUCACUUUUGCUCGUCGCUUUGACGUCUACUUAGAUUACCCGUUUUUUGAGCAUCAGAUUCAUUGGUUCUCCAUUUUUAAUUCCUUCAUGAUGGUUAUUUUUCUUACUGGGCUCGUGUCAAUGAUACUGAUGCGAACUUUGAGAAAUGAUUAUGCAAAAUAUGCUCGUGAAGAUGAUGAUCUGGAAACACUGGAAAGAGAUGUUAGUGAGGAGUCUGGUUGGAAGCUUGUUCAUGGAGAUGUGUUCCGGCCUCCUCGCACUUUAGUGUUGCUCUCUGCUGUCGUUGGGACUGGAGCACAACUAGCGCUGCUUGUUCUCCUUGUCAUCUUGUUUGCAAUUGUGGGAAUGUUAUAUAUUGGGAGAGGAGCAAUUGUCACCACUUUUAUAGUAUGUUAUGCUUUCACAUCCUUUAUUUCUGGCUAUGUUAGUGGUGGAAUGUACUCGCGAAAUGGUGGUAAAAACUGGAUCAAAUCAAUGAUCCUCACAGCAUCACUUUUCCCAUUCUUGUGUUUUGGCAUUGGUUUCAUCCUGAACACAAUUGCUAUAUUUUAUGGGUCACUGGCAGCCAUUCCCUUUGGAACCAUGGUGGUGGUUUUUGUUAUCUGGGCUUUUAUCUCCUUUCCAUUGGCCCUUCUUGGUACAGUUGUUGGUAGGAACUGGAGCGGUGCACCAAAUAAUCCCUGUCGGGUGAAGACCAUUCCUCGGCCGAUUCCAGAGAAAAAGUGGUACUUGACACCAUCUGUAGUUUCCUUGAUGGGAGGAUUGCUACCAUUUGGCAGCAUAUUCAUUGAGAUGUACUUUGUUUUCACCUCUUUUUGGAACUACAAGGUUUACUAUGUGUACGGAUUUAUGCUGCUCGUCUUCCUGAUUCUCAUUAUUGUAACAGUAUGUGUGACAAUUGUGGGAACAUAUUUCCUGCUUAAUGCUGAAAAUUAUCAUUGGCAAUGGACCUCCUUCUUCUCAGCAGCCUCAACAGCUGUAUAUGUGUACUUAUAUUCAAUAUAUUACUACUAUGUGAAGACUAAGAUGUCGGGUUUCUUCCAAACCAGCUUCUACUUUGGUUACACGCUGAUGUUUUGUCUUGGCUUGGGAAUUCUUUGUGGAGCUGUUGGUUAUUUGGGCUCUAGUCUGUUUGUUAGGAGGAUCUACAGAAACAUCAAAUGUGAUUAGUUUAGUUGAAGGGCAACAAAACAUAUGUUGCUUCUUUGGCCACAUGUUCAGAAGGAACCAAAGGACCACGGAUGUCAUUUUUUGGGUCUCUGACACAGUCUCGCCAAGGAAUUCAUGGGUUUUGAGGAUGGUUUGUAACUCAGGAUUGUGGGGAAGCUCUGAAAAUUUUCCUUGUUCCCCAGGCUGUAAAAGAAAGCCUUUUUUACAUAUUAGAAUGCAGAGACUGAUGUUAAAAUUUGAAGAGAGUUAGCAUGAUUUACAACACUACCUGUCAUGUAGUUAUUUCUCGCCUCAUCCCUGUAUACGGUAGAUGCCUUCCUUCCUGCUAGCUGCCUGCUUAAUUUUCCUUUUUAAUUUUGAUUACUGAUUUUGUUUUUCCAUCAUGUUCUUUGGGUAUGGGAUUUGUUAAAGGGAGAUUAUUGAGGAGACGAGUUGCUGUGUUAUGAACUGUCUAAACGGUUACUUUUAUAUAUAGUAACAUAAUAUUAUGUCCACAAUA